ACCUGAGCAGCUAGAGGUGUGAGGGACGGAGCAAUAAGGGAGAACCCCCGCCACACCCCCUGAAGCCACGCCCCAGCCACGGCGCCCUCUGGGAAGUGUAGUCUGCGCUUGCGUCGUUCUCUCUGUGAGGCUGGGGGCUGCGGACGGAAGCGGGACCACCCCUCCCGGGAUGCGAAGCGCGGGGCCGACCCAGAGGAGCCAACUCUGCGCCUCUCGGUGCAGCGAGUCCCCCGGCCCCGCUUCCUGUCGUGCAGAACUGGGCCGCUGUCCCCGAGGGUCUCGAGGGUCUCGGUGCAGCCUCCAGCUAGAGCCGCACCGGAAGCUGGGUGGGCCAGGGAGUCGCGAAGCUGAGUUCCGCCAUGGCGCUCCAGACUGUACCCACAGGUGCCCAUCAGCUUCAAGGACUUGGCCGUGCGGUUCUCUGAAGAGGAGUGGCGGCUCCUGCAGGAGGGGCAGCGGGAAUUCUACCGAGACGUGAUGCGGGAAAACUACGAGACGUUGGUGUCCGUGGGGACCUCUGAGCUGCUUCCCCUCUCUGCUUUCCUGUCACCUGCAGAGGCUGGAGGAGCCACAGCAGGAGAAAACCACCAGGAUAAAGGACAAAAACCCGCUUUGGAGCAUAGUUCCCAGGGAGAGCAGCCUCAGCAGAGCCUGCACCUCACCGCGUUAGUGCAGCUGGUGAAGGAGAUUCCAGAGUUCUUGUUUGGAGAAGUGAAGGGUGCUGAGGACUACUCCGAGAGUGGGAGCACCAGUCUGGAUGGGGAGCAAGCAAGCCCUGAGGUAGCCGUGGCUGUGGAAGCUUGCCCUCCCCGAGGCCUGAUCAGUUCUCUUCCGGAGAGCCCUGCAAGCCACCCCAGCCUGGCCACCACACCCACAGGCAGCUCAACUUCCAGCAGCCUUCCUGGAGCCUGGGCACAAGGAAGCCCCUUACCUGCUAUAGAAACUGACGAUAAACCACUGUCUAUAGAGAAGGAAGGUGUAGGAGUCUCGGGAGAGACCUCCAUUCAUUCCCCUCAAAGCCUGGGCCAGAGCAAGAGUUACCUAAGACAGGAUAGAGGCAGCAUGGGAACAGGCACUCUUCCUGAGAACAGUCCAUUGCAAGGCCUCAUCAACUGUCUGAAGGAGAUCCUUGUGCCCAGGCCCCAGCACCGGGGAACAGUGCCAGAUUUGCCACCUUCUCCCCCUGGCCUAAGUGUGUUGAAGCAGACCAGAGCUGAGGUAGAAGCUGAGAGCCUGCCCUGCCCGGUGAAGACAGAGGCAGCAGCCGGGGAUUGUCCCCUUCAGGGCUUGCUGAACUGUCUGAAGGAGAUCCCGAAAGCUCCAGACCAGCGUCCCAGCCCCUCAGGAGCAUCAGACUUGCAGCUGCAGGAGGAUCCAGGGAAAAGGCAUUCUGGAGGUAAAGGCCACUCACUAGGGAUGAGACACCUCCAGACUCCUCCUCCCCACCCUAGUCACGGAGCUGGCAAUAUGCUUACCACAGUGAAGGUGGAGGAUGGCUGGGCCCAAAGUCCCCCAGUACCAGCACCCUGUCAACUUGGCAGACAGGGCUACCGCUCCCACUCCAUUGGAGACAACAGAGAAGUCCGUGUGCCCCGCUGGGGCCCCAUGGCUCUAGCCAGCAGGACCUCAAGUUCACCCCUAGAAGCUCUGGAGGCCUGUCUGAAGGGCAUUCCUCCAGGUGGGUCAUCACCUCUUCAGUCUCUAGCCAUCUCAUGGUCCAGAAGUCCCCAGCCAGGAGACGCUGGAUCUCAGAGGUUUGAGCUACAGCAACAAGGAUCUCACAGUGAAGAAGCUACAAGGGAGCCACUUCUGCCUCUGAGCUUGCAGGGCUAUGUGAGAGAAGGACCUGGGAUUCAAGGCUGUGGCUCUCAGGGUGCUGCCUCUACCAGCUUCUCCUCAGCCAGCAGCAGUGAUGGGGAUCUGGAUUUCAGGAGUCCCCGGAGCAGCCAGGGGCAGAGGCUUGGGAAAGGCUAUGCACCAGGAAACUCUCCACUUCAGGGCCUGGAGAACUGCCUGAGAGAGAUCCCUGUUCCCAGGCCACAGGCUGCCUGGCCUUGCUCCUCAGCUGUCAAUAGGGGGUUGAAGAGAACAGAGCCCAGGAACUGGACUGGAGACAGAGAAGGACUGAGGGGUGAGGCCUCUGAGCCACCCCACCUCAGACAGCGUCAUGGAGAAGUACCCAGCAGGAGUCUCCAUGGAGGCAGUCCACAGACCUGCACUCCCACCUGCCACCAAGUGACUCCCAGGCCAGGAACAUGGCAGUGGCCACAAGAGGAGACAGCCACCAUGCCCUCCCCUCUGCACCGCCUGGAGAACUCUCUGAGGGGGAUCUUGCCCAUGAGGCCCUUGCGCUUCACCUGCGUGACUGGCCCCGGCCCCAGUCCCAGCCCAUGCUCCAGCUCCAGCUUCAGCAGCUCUGAUGGAGAAGAUCUAAGACCAGAGCCUGCCUUUUGGCAGCCACCCCUCCAACAGAAAGACCACCUUCCCCCCUGUAAGGACCCAGUUCAUCUGCACCCUGUCUCUGGAGCGUCUCCAAGAGUCAACGACAAUACCUGUUCUGCCGAAGACCCUGAGAGAGCAGAGCCCAGGGCCUGCAGCAACCUCAGUGCAGGAAGAGCAGAAGAGAAGACACACCCACCCAGAAGAGAGGAUGGUGCAGAGCGCACAUGCCAGCCUGGCCCUGUCAGCAGUGCUGAAGGAAAAGAAGGAAAAGGAGAGGCAGCUGGGCACCCGUGGCCUGCCCCUCAGCUGGAGGAAAGGUCUGAGCCCAAGGGUCCUGAAGAAGACUCCAGGGACCUGGAGCCUGGACAGGCACAGCCCAGUGCCACAGCCAGGACUCACGGGAAGCUGUUCUCUGGGGACCUUCCGGAACCACCUAGCAAGUCUCCCCUCCCCACAACUGUCUUGUCAAAAUGGUCACCCACUUCUCUUCAGCCACCAUGCCCCUGUGGCAGGUCCCUGCAGCAGGAACUGCAUAACCUUGGCACUGCCCUCACGGACAAGCUAGACCAGCUUGCAGCAACCUUGGCAGGCCUGACUCAGGAAGUUGCAACCAUGAGGACCCAAAUGGAUCAGCUGGGAAGGCGCCCAUGGAGCCUUGGGCCAAAGGGUAAGGGUUCCUGGCGGUUGGCCCUCCCACAGAGACCUCGCUGGGUCAACAGACUGAACCACCGACAUCUACCCUACUGGAGACAGAAGGGCCCCACCAGGCCCAGACCAAAGAUCCUGCGGACCCAGGCAGAAGGCUGCAAGGCUGGUGACCACUCAGGACUCCCUAGAGGGAAGGGUAGUUUGGUGCCUCAGCUGCCUCCAGAAGCUUCCUCAGUAGAAUCUUCCAGGCCCACCUGUAGUUCAUCCCAGCAGAUCUCCUCUACACCUGGAAGCCACACUGUGCUGACUGCACACCCCUCUCUGGAACACACUGAAUGCUACCAGAAUCCCCUCUCCCCUUCAGUGCCUACUGCCUUGGUCCCCCUUGUGGCCUCGCCUACAACCAGUGCAGACCCAGAACCUCAGACUGCUAGAGGGGCAGCAGUCAGCAUUCCAAACCAGCCCAAGGACCCUAACAGCCUGCUAGGGGAUGCCCUCAGCAGAGACCUCUGGGGAGGUGACCACAGGGAUCCAAGAUGGGGGGCCCAUUAACUGGGCUGUUUGCUCAGCCUUGCUGGGGACUCUGGGUGGCAGGGAUGUCCUGGUGGGACCCUCUGGAAUCCAACCAUCCCAGGCUGUCUGCUUCCAGGGGUUGUAUUUUCCUUCUUACCUGUUCAACCAGCCUUCUCAUUGCUGCUGCAAGCGUGGCUCUGCCUCUUCUAUGCCAAGCCUCCAUGGUGUCUGCAUAGAGCCACGGAAGAGGCAUUCCUCAGCCAUGCCUCUGGCUUUCUUGGCUCGGGUUCAGUCGGUUGCUCUUCCUCCUUGGCAAAGCCAUAUAGGUUCCAGGUGGGUGUCGUGCAUACCACAUGUGCACAGAGCGAGCUGCAGAGGGCACCACAAGGGCACCUUACCCUGCUCCUGAUCUCAAGAACACUAAAAGGCUAGCCUUUGAUCUCAUUUAGGGAGAGCCUGGCUGAGGUCUAAGCUGAAUUUACCCAUACGGAUUCUAAAAUUAAAUAUAUUAGUUGCUAAGUAAA